CAUACUAAAAUAAAUUACAAUUUACCAAUAAAUAAAUAAAUAAAUGCACUAGAUAGAUAAAUAAUAAUUUCCUUUGUUUCUACUUUAAUUCACAUAAAUCAAGGAACGUAAGCCCUUUUCUUUGUACAGCACAAUAUCACUGAGUAAACAAUUUAUUUUAGCGACUUAAAACAUUAAUAAAUGUUACAGACUUUUCGGUUGUUAACGUUAUUUUUCUAUUGUUGUCUGUUGACAUAACCUCAUUAAAACUUAAAAGGUAAAUAAAUAAAGCCGAUUAGACACCACCUUAGAUAAAUCACUUAAUCUAUUAGAAAAAAACAUGUACGUGCAUUUGGUGAUUGGCUGAAAAAUGGUUAAAAGUUUAUCAGAUAGGUUAUUAUCACCAUUCACUUGAGAUUAAUUGUAAAUAAUAUACCUUAAUCAAAAUGGAGACUGAUGACUGUAAUGAAGUGUUUGAGGGUGACGAUGGCGUCCUGGAGAUAUUUGACAUAAACAGGCUGCCACUGAUGAUUUCCAGUUAUGAAGCUGUGGAUGAGGAAAUAGACAUUUACACUAUGACUUCUUUAGGUACCAUUAUGCUCCUGGAGGACUCAAGACCAGGCAAAACGAAAGACGACAACUUAAACCGACUCUCCUUGGCCUAUGAGGGGCUAAACCGAAUGCCCAAACUAUUAAUCGAAGAACUAGCUGAGAACAUUGAAAUCUUGGACAUAAGUCACAAUGAAUUUGACAAUUUAGAUUUCUUAAGCGAAUUUAAGCAGGUCACCACAUUAAUCUGUGACCACAACAAAAUAAGUGCCAAAACUACCCUACCUUACAUGCCAAAACUCGAGUUGUUGUGGAUGAAUCACUGCAAGAUUUCAGAAUUGUAUCCAUGGGCAAAGAGACUGCAACAGUCCUGCCCCAAUUUAAAAUACCUUUCACUAAUGGGCAACUCAGUGUCACCAUCACAUCUAAAUGGAGGGACUAUUUAUGAAUAUUUACAGUACAGGUUGUUCCUAAUUUCGCUGUUCCCUCAACUGAAGCACCUGGACGAUAGGACUGUAACAGCUGACCAAAGGGCUGAGGCUGAGAAGAUGUACAAACGACCCUUGCUGGAGAGAUUUGUCCACAACAGCCAAAGGAAGUUGCCCAGUUACUUGCAGGCAGUCACAUCCAAAGUGUCGAAUCUGGUGUGUAGCUCGUCGCCAUUCAUCGAAAACGAGAAAAAUUUUAUUGUGUAAGACGUCAAUAUGUUAUUUUGUGAUUGUAAACCGAACAAACUAUUUUAUUUUAACUUUGUAAGAUAAUUGUUAUAUAUAUUUUAAUAAACAAAUUAUUACUUAA